UUCUUGUUUUUAUGUAAUUAACUGGCUUUUUCAAGCCAACUUAAAGUUUGUUCACAAAUUUUCCCUUUCUAGUCUUAUUUUAUGUUGCUGGUCACUAUCUUGUUGUUCUCCCCAAAUUCAGUUUCUUGGCUCAAGUCUCCUCUUAUAUGUCCUCUUUAUGUUUCCUUUGAUGACACAUAAUACCAGAAUAACUUUUGCAGAGAAGCAGCCCCCUAAUCAUGAUGCUCCCACCUUCAUGCUGCACUGUAGUUAUGGUGUUUUUCCAAAGAGUUCUAUUUUUGUUAUGUAUGGCAAAAGUAUAAAAACUUAUAACUUAAACUUUUUAUAACUUAAAACUUUUUUAGCAGUGUAGUAUUGGGUGAGGUAUAUAAACAGAGAUGACUGCAGCGCAGUUCAUUAUCGUUCACUGUGUAAUUUGUUCCCUACUGCUUUCAGGACAUAAUGCGGUUCUUUCUGAGUGUCAGCUUCUCAUUUACGUUCUUAACCUUCAAAAAUAUUGCGUGGUGCACCUGUGUAAAGGUCUUUGAAUUUUCCAUUCAAGUACAAAGUCACACAAAGAAGUUUCUGCUCUGCCCCAGUCAACUGUAAGUGACCAAUUUGAUCAAUAUAGGCCUUAAUAAUGGCUUAGAAUGAAUAAGUGAACUGUGAAAAUGCAGUUAUUUAAAUGUCAAUUAAUCAUCAGCUAGCAUGAUUGUGACCGAUACAAAUAAUCAUGCCCUGUUGAGGCAUAACUUUGGUGUACUUUUGUUUAAAAAUAAUAAUAAAACACACACACACACGUACACACUGAUUUUAAGCAUUUAAAUGUACUGCUGAUAUCCAGAACUAUAAAUGUGUAUGAAGAAGACUAAUUAAUGCUGUGGUGGGGUCUUGUUUUAAUUCAUACUGUUGGUACUUUUCGUUGUUUACUUGGAGAUUUGGUUUGUGGUAACUGGUCUGGAAACACAUGACUACAAUAACAACAGACUUGUUGUAAAUGUGUUGAGGAAGUCACAUAUAAGUGAUCAAAAGUUGACCCACAUCCGUUUACAGGCAGCUUCCUGUUGCAGUGGUCCUUGUUCUUCCAUUGACAGCUUUGGGGGCAGUAGAAAUGAAACCAGUUACACUUGGAGAAACUGUUGUACUGAAGUGUAACAUUUCUUUACACCAUGAGAUCUUCUGGUUGAGAGUGAGCAUGGAGGAAAGGCCAAGGCUUCUGAUGGUUACAGGCCUGAAGAGUGAUGGGAAAUUGUCAGAAGUUUGGAAUUACAAUUCCACCCAGUUUACGGGUUGUCUGGUGGACAAGUCUUUUGGACUGAAGAUUUCCCACGUCUUGAAAAGUGAUCUUGCCUCGUACUACUGUGGAAUUGCAGAUGGCAAACGCAUGGACUUUGAAGAUGGAGUGCACAUAUUUGCUAAGCCUACUCACUCAUCGAGAGAGAUAACAGCUGAAAAUAUCUCUAACUAUGAAAAAGAUGCAGUUCUUUCAGUGGCAGAAAAAUGGCUCAUCCCUUACCCAAUAUUUGCAGCAGUGUUGGGUUUUGGGCAGCUAGGAUUGGUGCUAGCAGUUGCUGUGGUGCAUGUGAUAAGCUGGAAGAAAAACAGACUCAGUGAGGCAUCUAAAAGGAAGCCCUUUUGAAAAUCAAUAUCUUGCAAUAUUGUAAUAUCUGGUCAGUUUUAAUAGUGAGGGUAUUUGCCGAAAAACAUACAUAGUCCUGUCAUCCUGCAUUUUGUUGAAAGAUAAUAAUUAUCUUUAAGAAUAAUUAAAAAUUACUUUGAUGGCAAAUGCUAUGUCAGGACUUUUCUAAGCAACAAAUAUACUUUUUGUUGUGUGUUAUAUGAGGAAGAGGACCUAUGAGUAGCCUAUGGAGCCUUUUAUAUUUGGGAAAAUAAAAAUAAAAACUGGG